AUGGAAAUUGAAUUACGUGAUAAUGAGGUUAAUUGUAAUACACAGUCGUUAAGGAUUGAUUUUACUGCAGAUGAAACAGAAGAAGAAGAGAAAACAUCAUUUCACUGUGAUGUCUGCAACAAGUCCUUCUUUCUCAAAGAUGAACAGACGAUUCACAAAUGUUUCCAUGCAGGAGAGGAUCUCUAUCACUGUGACAUCUGUGGUAAAUCAUUCUCUGAAAAGGUUCGUCUGACCACACAUAAACACAUUCACGCAGGUGUCGAGCCGUAUCGCUGUAACACCUGUGGUAAAUCAUUCUCUCAGAAUCAUAGCUUAGCUAUUCACAAAUGCAUCCACAUUGUGGUUAAGUCACAUCAUUGCGAUAUCUGUGGUAAAUCAUUCUUUGGAAAUAGCGACCUAACCACUCACAAACUUGUUGUUGUGGGUGUAGUCUGCUCAGUCCAACUGGCAUCCGUUAUCCACAACUCACCAGACUUGACGAAUUUCCAGAUCUGA